UUGGUUUCGAAUACAUCGCUCAAGGACGAUAUCUCGAAAGGCCGGCUAAAACGACAGGCAUUCUGUAUGCUUAACAGACUGGGACCGGUAGAACACCCCUAGCUAACCAGUGAAGCAUAGUGAAGAACACUUUAUCUCUAAAGUAAGAGGCUGUUAAAGCGGAUUUGAUCAGACAUCUAGUACAGUAUGACCUCUGAACCCCAUACAACCUGUUUGAUUCCGCCCCAGAGGCUUCGUCCAAAACAAGUUGUCGAUAACGCACCCCGUUUACCGUUAAAGAUUACUGUGUGGUGAAGGCCUAGAACUUCCCUUUUCAGCUUUGGAGUUUAAUUUGUAGACUCAGAGCUCUGGAGAGACUUAAAUUUGUUGGAAUGAAACUAGGAGAACACCUCUUUUGCUCCUCUUUUGUACCUACACCUGAUGACGUCACGUGAUUGCUAUUUAAAUAUGGCCGCCGAUGACUGAGUGUCUCUUUGGACCAGAACCUGAACACUCACAACAGUAAAGAUGGCUGCAGUUAGACGUAGACAUUUCCCAUCGGAUGACCUCGUCCCAAAUUUUGACACAGCUUCGGAGGAAGAGGACAAUCACAACGAGAAUCAUUGCCACAGUAACGAGAACCACGGAUCCUCCCUAGCCAAGGGGCUAAUGCAGCUCUACAAAAAUGAGGAACUCUGCGACGUUACGUUAGACGUACAGGGGCAGAAGUUUCCCUGUCAUCGUAACGUCCUGGCCGCUUCUGUACCGUACUUCCACGUGAUGUUCACUUCGGGUCUGAGCGAGACAAAUCAGGAUGUCAUACCUCUACAAGGAGUGACUGCGCCUGCCAUCGCACAAAUUAUAGACUACAUAUACUCAGGGAAGGUUUGCUUAUCGCCUACUCAUACACUGGACAUUCUGAGCGCAGCAAACUUGUUCCAGAUGGCUGAACUGUGCGAUGCGUGUUGCCAGUAUCUCUCACAGCAUCUCACUACUGAGUCGUGUCUAGAUGUAUUUAUACUGGCAAAGCUGUUCGAAUAUCCUGAUCUUCGCGACAGUGCCUUAAGAUUUAUUGGGGAAUAUUUCUUAGAUAUUUCCUGCUCUGAGAGUUUCUUGGCGCUUUCCGUGGACGCUGUUGUAGACAUUGUCUCUUCUAGUGGUCUCUGGGUCUUACACGAGGAACAGACACUUGAAGCUGCGUUAAGGUGGCUGAAUCAUCUUAAGGAAAGGGAAGACGCUGCGGUAGAAGUUCUUAAGAACAUCAGGUAUCCCCUUUUGCAACCAGAAUGCCUUACUAAUCUCAUUCAGGAUGAGAACAACUUCUUUAAGUCAAAAGAAUUGCAAGAGUUGGUCAAGAGUGCACUAUGUGUCCAUGGCAACCAAACUCUCAAUGGUUGCCAUGACGAUGCAGCAUCAGGUGUCGUCAGUUACCAUAGCGACAUUGACGUCACGUCAAACGCUAUCCCACGGGAAGGCAUGCAGGACAGAGAGAUGAUCGUCUUUGUGGGUUCCGACCACGUUCCGAACAAUUGCUUCGUCCCCGAAGACCGUCGAGCGUACGCCAUGGCUCCACCGCCAGCCUCUGAGGCGUCCCACCCCGCCUGCGUGGCCGCUUCGACCGGGGAGGUCUUCUGGGGUGGAGGCGUAUCUGAUUAUACCGAUGUUCACAGUGACAUCUACAAGUAUAACCAUGACACGAACCAAUGGAACAGCUGUGCUCACAUGCUCACUCCUAGACAGUGCUUUUCUCUAUCAGAAGUUGACGGGAAAAUCUACGCCACUGGCGGGUUGGGACCGUACAGUCAAGAGCUCCGCGCGUGUAAAGUGUUAGACACUGUGGAAUGUUACGACAUCGCUAGCGAUUCGUGGACUUACGUCGCCUCGAUGUCGAAGACGGUAUCGGACCACUGUUCGGUGUCUCUCAGCGGAGUUGUGUGUGUUCUAGGCGGUGAGAUACCCGGCGCGGGCAGCACAAACGCUGUCAUGGCUUACAGUCCCGACAAGGACGCCUGGUGCGAGUGGCCGCCAAUGUACGAACGACGACAACUCCCGUGCGCUACAGUCAUCAACAAUCGCAUCUACGUAGCAGGCGGGUACCUACAUCUUUACAAGGGACUCUCUUCUAUCGAAGUGUUCAACCCCGACGUUCAGCAAUGGCAUAUCAUCCGCGGAGAGGAAAACCCCAUCGCUCAACACAUCGACGGCAUCCUGACGGUUAACGAUCACAUCUACCUGUGUGCGGACCGCAGAGUCACAGCUCGUCGGGAGUUUACACACAUCUACUUGUACAGCUACAACGUUUUCGAUAAGGUUUUGGUGGUUAAGGAAGGGGAGUUGGAGAGGGACAUACGGCGGAGCUCAUCCAUUGCAGUCAAGGCAAAGUUAAACCCUCUAAAAUUGAAACUGUUUGCACGAAAUCUUACACACUGACGUCUGACGCAGCACAUUUGAUACAUCUAAAAUUUUACGGCUCUUAGUGGUAAAUGUGCAGAUGUUGGCACACUGCUACAUCAAAUAAAUCUGUAGGUGUUUUGGGCACCCUUUUUGACAGAUUAGCCGUGAGGCUCGGUGGGCGUCACUCCACCGUCAUUGUGGGUAUAUCGAUCGUGUAAAGUGUCUUUCUCAAGGGCACACGGUCGGGGCAUGGCAAGUAUCGAACUAGGGAUCCUACUGAUUUCGACUCUAACGCUGUAACCGUUGCGCCACACAGACCCCACAUAUUUGAGACAUAAUCAGCAAUUAAGCCCAUGUCACAUAUGACCGACAAGGACCUUCUCUUAACCAUGGUUUGGAGUUGGUCGUGACCAAGGUAAAACUCUUCUGACCAACCGACUAUAAAUUUUGAAUUAUCGAUGUCGAGAAAUUCAUACAUUAUGCUUGGAUGCGACCAGAGGAGCACACGGGAGCCAGUGUAGAAUAAAUUGGAUUCCAGACUACUGCUAACCCUGCGCUGACAUUGGUUGGGCAUUUGUCGUGGCAAAGUCGUGUUAAGGUCCUGCAUGUGUGACAGGGGCUUUAUCGAGAAGAAUUAGCUACAAUGUAUAUGUUUGAAACUUUGAAUCGACAGGCUUUGCAUGCAAUGUUACAUGUGGUGCUGCUAUUCAAAUUCACAAGGACAUUGUAACCAAAGUGCCUUAAAUGUGGACAGUAGAUAUCAUUUUGCAGAUAAAAUUGGGUUCUUACUAUAUGCUAGAGAUACGGUGAUUAUACAUGUAUUGGUGGAUACAAUAUUGCGGUGCUAUAAAAUCAAAUAUCAGAGUAUAAACAGGGUUCGACAUAUCAUUGUGGCGCCCUAUCUAUAUAUGUACAGUUUUUAGGCGAAGUCUCGAGCUCAUAUCUUUAAAAAAUAAGUAGGAUUUGGGACAUUGUGGUAUAUGGUGAUGACUAAAUAAAACAUUUGAAAUAAAAA